CUGCCUCUCUGUCUCGACCUGCUCUAUGGUCCCUGAACGCGAGGCUGCGAGGAGGAUAGGAAUGGGCUGGAGGCUCUUUCCGCCUGUGUAGCUUCCCCGGAGCCGGUUUCUGGGCCGCUCCUCCUGCCGCGGGGCCUCCCUCCGGGCGUCUAUGGUCCACUUAAAGGGGCCGCUCGGCUUUCCAAGCUGCGGGUCCCGAAAUGCUGCUGACGGUGAAGGCGCUCCAGGGCCGGGAAUGCAGCCUCCAGGUCUCACCAGAAGAACGCAUCUCUUCUCUCAAACGCCUCGUAUCAGAGAAGCUGAAUGUCCCAGUAUCCCAACAGCGCCUGCUUUUCAAAGGCAAAGCUCUGGCUGAUGAACACCGUUUGUCUGAUUAUUCUAUUGGACCAGAGUCAAAGCUCAAUCUUGUAAUCAAGCCACCGGAGAAGGCCUCACCAGAAGAGCCCAGCCGUAGAGGAGGCUUCCCGCAGAAUCCUGCAAUCUGGCAUGCACUUGCCCAAGUCUUGGGCAGGCAUUUCAGUGGGGCUGAUGCUGAGAAGGUGUUGGAGCAACUGCAGAAGGAUUAUGAGCGAAGCCUCAGACUGCUAAGUUUGGAUGACAUUGAGCGCCUAGCCACUCGUUUGCUUCACCCCGAGGUUGCUGAGGCAGUAGAAAUGGGCUUUCUGGAUUAGGUGCCAAUUUGGGCACCUUAGUCCUGUCUUCCUCUUCGGACAGAGAACCCCGGGGCAGGGCCCAGUUUGGGGCAUGGGAGCAUUCCCUCUGGACUGCUGUGGAAGGGGCCUAGAGCACCUGUAACACCUCCCCGUCCAUUAAAGGUGGUGGGUGAAUAUUGGUCCGCUCUGUCUAGUGUCUUCAGCUCAAGUGGAGGAAUAAUGAUUACAGGGAAGGGUUAUUUGCCCAGGAUGGAGACAUGCAGCUGCCUUUGGGGUUGGUGGUAGCUGUGUUUAUUCAUGUAUUUCUUAUGUCCUCCAAAGCUCUGGUUUCUCUUCAAAUCGUAUAAAUAUAUCACCAAGAUUUGGUUGCA